AUCCUGGAAUGUGUCUCCUGUUAUGUAACCGAGGGUCUGUGGAGGCCGGAUGUGCAGUGUUCCUGACUGCGUGUUUCGGCUGUGGUUUGAUUCUACGCUGUUGGGAUGUCCCACUCAGACCACGAUGUAGACUUCCCUGACCUCUCCCUCCAGUCCCUGGGUGGUCCUGCAGACGAGGGUCCAGCUGUGUGAAACCCAACGAGCCUCUCUUCAGCCGUCUCCUUCGUCCUCAGAGGGCUUCCAGAACCUCCAGAACCUACCUCCUCCUCUCCCUCCCGGGCCAUGGACAGCCCCCCUAAGCUGUCCGGCGAGACCCUGAUAGUGCACCACAUCCCCCUGGUGCACUGUCAGGUGUCAGGGGGCCGGCAGGGGGGCUGCGGGAGCUCGCUGAAGAGGAGCAACCCCUUCAGUCCCCCGGAGAACCUGGGUCUGAGCCGGACCACCUCGCUGCCUGAGAGGGACGUCCUCCAGAGGGAGGCUCUGCUCUACAGCAGCCUGAUCCAGACCUCCAGCGGCUCCUGGUCCUCCCGCGACGCAGGGAGCAAAGGAGGCGGGAGGGGCGGGAGCACGGCGAGCGACGACUCCUCCUUCACCUCCAGCAACUCCGAGGAGCAGCUGGUGACGGCCCACACGCUGCCCAGAACCAGAGCCAGGACCAGGAACCCUUUCCGGCACAACCCCUUCCUGCUGAACGCGGGGGACGAUGAGGACGACGAGGACGACGGGGACAACCUGAACGGUUACCUGGAGGACUCCUCCUUCCACCUCCACAGCCACACAAGCUCCGCCCUCGACGACGCCUCGGCUCCGUUCCACCUACACGACCUGGACCUGGACCUGGCCUCGGAGCCCUUCCUGCUGCACCGCUCCGCAGGAGGCAGCAGCCGGGGGUCCCUGAGGGGGGCCGCCUCGGUCUAUGCCUCGGACCUGUCCUCCCACCUGGAGGACCUGGACGUCCUGGGUCUGGACGCCCAGCGGCGUCACGGCAGCAGCGGCUCCAACGUGUCCAUGGACUGCGGCGAGCAGGACUGGGCGGACGACGACGACGAGGAUGAAGACCACCCGAUGAGGUGCGGGCGGAGCAGCAAGACGGACUCCUGCUCCUCCAGCUGCUCCGCCCAGCUGUGCUCCUGCUGCGCCCUGUCACAGAGCUUCCCCCAGCAGGGCUGCGGCAGCGACUCGUCCUGCAACAGCUCCGAAGGCGUCCUCGUCAACUUCAGCGCCAUUUUCAACAAGAUGAACAACGGCGUCCCGGAGAAGCCCCGGGCGGCCGGCUCCUCGGACCACUCCUGCGCCUCCUCCGUCUCCGACCUCCUGGGAAACCAGCAGGGCUCCACCGGGGGGGCCUUCUACCUGGACCUGCACACCUCCCCCACCGAGCCCCGCCCCCCGCAGCAGCCCAGCCUCUCCAGCACCUUCCCUCUGAUCCGCAAGCCCCGCCUGUCCACCUCCUCCACCUGCUCCUGCUCCGCGGAGCACCGGGGGCCCCUGGACCUCGACGCCAACUGCAACGCCUUCCUCCCCGCGUACGGCGGCUCCUCCGGCGACCUCACUUCCUGCCUGCAGAGUCAGGCGCGCCUGGUGGUCGCCACCCAGAACUACUACAAGCUGGUGACCUGCGACCUGUCGUCCCAGUCGUCCCCGAGUCCCGCUGGCUCCUCGGUCCACAGCUGCUCCGAGGACAACAGCAAGGGCAGCCCCACGCCGCCGCCACAGCCCAGCGAGUACUUCCUGUUCAGGCAGCGCGCUGACGAGGAGGAGGAGGAGGAGUCCCCUCAGCGAGAUGAUGAGGAUAAGGACAAAGAGAAGAGGAGGAGUCAGAAGGAGGAGCCAGCUGGCUCCGCCCCUGCGUCCACCAUCAUGGAAGGUCAGGUGUACGUCAACGUUUCUCCUCCCCUGGCGGGGCGCAGCGUCGUCGGAGGCCCCGCCCCCUCCGGGAACCGCCUCCGUUCUCGCAGCUACGACCGCAACCUGGACAAGUGUCCGUCCACGCGCCUCGGCUCUCUGGAGGGCAUGAUGAGCUGCCCCGUCCGGCUGAGCGAGGGCGCCGCCCAGGCCACGCCCCCUGCUCCUCCUCCUCCUCCGCCUCCUCCCCGCGUCACCUCCUUCGCGGAGAUCGCCCGGAGCAAACGCAGAAACGGAGGCUCGCCGUCGACGAAGGUGGCGGCUGGGGAUGCGUUCUCCUCCACGCACUCCCACUCCUCCGUGGACUUCUCUCCCAUCCUGGAGCAGCGGGUGGAAGCGGUCAGCCCGGUGGGCUCACCUGUCCCCUUUACCAGGUGUUACAGCCACGGCAGCAUGGAGCGCCACCUGGAGGGCAAGGCCAGGGCUGAAGGUGGUCUCUCCGGUUCUUCGGACCUUCAGCCAGCUGUGGUCCGCUACAGCAAAGACCAGCGGCCCACCACCCUUCCCAUCCAGCCCUUCACCUUCCACCACCAGUUCGCCUCCAAGCCCGCGCAGCCGAAGCCUCUGCUGCCCCUCCUCACGGGCUACGUGUCUGGGAUGCAGGCUCGCUCCGGCUCCGGUUCUGGUUCUGGAGCUGCUGCCGGCGAGGACGGUGAGGAUGCAGCCGAGAACGAGCGGGGCUCCGGCGGCGUCACGGCUCCUCCGUUAGAGUCCGUCCGGCCCUCACCUCUGGGGAGCUACUCCCCGGUUCGCCUGCAGGGGGCGCCCAGCUCCGGGACCUGCUCCACCUGCACCCCCAGCCCCCGGCCCACACACAGCCCCUCCUGUCCCCUCUCAGCGGGGCCCGGCUCGCUGCAGACCCCUCCCGCGGUAAAACACGGAGGAGGGUCGGCAGCGUUACCCCCGACUCCUCCUCCUCCUCUGUCUCUGGGCGUGAAGAGAGGGGUGGCCCCACCCACUCUGCCGGCGGCCCAGGGGCCGUGUUUCCACCGUGGACCGCUUCACGGGGACUCUCUGAGCCCGCUGGGCUGUUUGGACUCUGGGAAACACACGGACCAAAGCAAAGGUCCUGGAACCAGAACUCACAGUGCCCACCACCUCUCCCCCCAGGCUCUCAAAUGGAGAGAGUACCGCCGUCGAAACCCCCUGGGAGUGGAGCGGCUCUCCGGGGGCCACUCUUCCACCCGAUCGGGACCCCUCGCCUCGAACGUGGACCUCAGAAGGACCGGGGGAUCCCGACCCGCCCGUCGCAACGUGUUCGAUUUCCCCACAGCUCAGCCGGGCCAUGUGCUGGGCUGGACCAACGCCGAUCAUUGUUCGAAGCUGCAGCAGAGCUACAGCGACUUCCUGCCGGAUUACUUCUCCCUGACAGAGAAACCGCCUGAGGAGUUCUGCCUCUCGCCCGAUGCCUCCUCCUCCUCCUCUUCCUCCUGCUCUUCGUCUCAGUCGCACAUCUCCGUGGACCUGACGCAGAAAAGAGGUCUGGUGAAAGCCGUGAACAGAGCAGUGGAUCUGAUCGUGACCCACUUUGGAACCAGCAGAGACCCGGAUGUGAAGGUUGGUGAUUCUGGUUCUGGUCCUAUGAACUGUCUGGUCAGUCGGAGACAGAACCAUGAAAGAGGAGCAGAUCAAGCUUUAAAACUGAGGAUGAAAACGAGUUCUGCCUCCCACCAGGCUAAACUGGGGAACAGCUGGGUCAGUCCCAACGUGGGACACCUGAUCCUGAAGUACCUGUGUCCGGCGCUGCGGGACGUGCUGCAGGACGGCCUGAAGGCCCACACGCUGGACCUGAUCAUCGGGCAGCGCCGCUGUCAGCCCUGGAACGUGGUGGAGGCGUCCACGCAGCUGGGCCCGUCCACUCGUGUCCUCCACAGCUUGUUCUCCAAGGUGAGCCAGUUCUCAGAGCUGACGAGCCACAGCAUGAGGCUGAACUCCUUCAUCUUCGGCCUCCUCAAUUUGAAGUCCUUGGAGUUCUGGUUCAGUCACCUGUACACACAUGAAGACAUCGUAGCGGCUCAUUUCAGCCCGUGGGGUCUCCUCCCGCUCUCGCAGGGAGCCUGUAAGCCCCUCUUCGAGGAGCUGCUCCUCCUGCUGCAGCCGCUGUCGCUGCUGCCCUUUGACCUGGACCUGCUGUUCGAGCCCCGCCUCCUGCAGAAGGGGGAGGAGCAGCUGCGGCGCAAGGAGCAGCUGUGCUCGGCGGGUCAGAGCGCGGACCGGUCCGGCCGCUCCACCCUGCAGCUCAUGAGGGGCCGGAGCACCGCGGCGGGCGACCCGGUCAGAGACUCGGAGGCGAAGAGGGAGAGGGCGGGGCUUAGACGGCAGGGGACGUGGCCGAGAGAGGGGGCGGGGCGAGGUACGAGGGAUCGGUGCAAGGAGAGGGAGGCAGAGGGGCCGAGGCUGAAAGGAGUCGGGCAGGAGAGUCGGGACGAAGGAGCGGACCUGAGGGGGCGUCAGAGGGAGGACCGGCAGGCCGGCUGGUGGUACCAGCUCAUGCAGUCUUCCCAGGUCUACAUCGACCAGUCCGCUGAGGGGUCAAAGUUCAUCAAGACAGAGAAACGCAGGAAGUCCUCCGAGAGGCGGCAGAACCACGCCCCGCCCACCAGAGAAGGAGUGGUGGAAGGAGCCGAGGCCCACCAGGAAGGAGAGGGAGGGAGACCCGGCAGCUCAGGGUCCAGAGGAAGACCUUCAUGGAUGGGAAGCCCCCCAGAGUCGGUCCUGAGCCAGGAGAAAGACCCGACCCCUCCUCGUCAGGAUCCAGGGACUGGAGUCCAGGAGAAGAGCCCCUCACAGGGACAGAGUUUACGCUGGAUCCGGCUCUUCGGUUCUGCUGUUGGUUCUCCUCUGAGAGGGGGCGGAGCAGAACCCAGGGGGAGGAGCCAGAGGACCAGGACUCCCUCCGGCUGGCUGGGUUUGGACAGGUCCGUUCUGGACCUUGUAGCUCUGACUAUUGGAGUGGGCGGCGCAAAGAAGGCGGAGCCUCCUGCCUCACCGACCACAGCGCCAAACCGUCCGACUGAAACCAAUCAACUGUCUCCACGGAACGUGCGCGCCCUGUGCCACCACAUCGCCACCGAGCCGGGCCAGCUGAGCUUCAACAAGGGCGACGUCCUGCAGGUCCUGAGGAAGGCCGACGCCGACUGGCUGCUCUGCUCCCUGGGCUCCACGCGGGGUCUGGUCCCCAUCGUCUACGUCACCCUCAGCGGUGCCGAGGACCACCACAAACCGCUCUGAGCCGAGUCCCCCACACGGUCCUGGAGCCGGACCGGCGGGUCCACCAGGUUCUGACACAAAUCAGGAGGGACUCAUCAAAAAAAACACGUAAAAACAACCA